CCCCUGCACAAAUACGCACCCACGCCAACUCACGCCCACGUCUGACCUUCAAGCUUCGACCUUUCUCUGCUAAAUUCCCACACCCACCUCUCAGAAUCUUCUCUCUCAUUCCCAAAUUCACAAACCCCUAAUGUUUUUCUCUCCCUCACUCUAGUUUUUGAACUGGGGACCAUAAUUUCACAGCUUGCAAGCUCGAUUUCUGGGUUUUAUUUUUGCGGAGGGUGUCAAAGUUUCUGUUUUGCAUCGAUUAGGUAGUUGGAAAUUCAUCUUAGUAUCUUAUGAGUCAUUAAGUUCUCUACCCAAAUGUCAGUGGAGAGAUCCUUUGAAGCAUGGGAGGAGGUCCAACGCCAUGGACAGGACCUGGCGGACCGCUUGGCACAGGGGUUUACUGGUUUGAUUCAAUCUCACAUCAACCCUCCUUCGUUUCCAUGGCAAAGUCAGCAAAAGGCGAAGCUUUUCGAUUUGGAGUUUCCGAGCCAGAAUUUCGUGAUGAAAGAUUUCGGUGUUGUGAUUGAUAAGUCGGGAAUUAAUGGGGUUUCUGCAAUUUUUGACAUUGGUAAUAGAAUUGGUCAGGUUGGGGCGGAUUUCGGGGCGUGCUUGAAUGGGUUGGUGCAUCAGUUAUUUAGGAGGUUGCCUGUGCCUUUUCGGCAUGACGAGAUUGCUGUGGUAUCUGUUAGGGCGGAUUCAAGUAUGACGAGCCAAAGGGCUGAUGUUUGUGUAGGGGAGAAGGAGGAUUUGGGAGCGGUUGCUGAUCGGUUGAGAGAUUUCGGGUUUGCAGCGCAGAAUGAUAAUGGUCCGGAUGGAUCAGUGGAUGACGAACCUUCAGGGUUUAAUUUAACAUCUGCUGGAUGUCUGGGAACACCUCAGGGACAUAUAAACAUUUCCUCAACUUAUGAGAGUAGAACACAUAACUUAGAAAGCUCCUUGGUGGCAAGGGGAGAUCUAUGGAGAGUAGAGGCAUCAAAUGCAGGUUCUACAUCAGGAAAUGACAGUUCAUCCCUCUUCCUUGUCCAGCUUGGACCAGUGCUCUUUCUUCGAGAUACAACACUUCUUUUGCCAGUUCAUCUGUCAAAGCAACAUUUGUUUUGGUAUGGCUAUGACAGAAAGAAUGGGAUGCACUCUUUUUGUCCAGCUGUGUGGUCAAAGCAUAGGAGGUGGCUGUUAAUGUCUAUGAUCUGCCUCAAUCCUUUAGCUUGUUCAUUUGUAGAUUUGCAAUUUCCGAAUGGACAGUUGACAUAUGUGUCUGGAGAAGGGCUGACAACGAGUGCCUUCCUACCCCUUUGUGGGGGCCUUCUUCAAGCUCAGGGCCAAUAUCCUGGAGAAAUGAGAUAUAGCUUCUCUUGCAAGAAUAAGUGGGGAACACGAAUCACAUCAAUGGUACAAUUUCCAGACAAAUCUUUUACGCUGGGUCUUUCACAAGCAUUGGCUUGGCAGAGAUCUGGUCUGAUGAUGAGGCCAACCAUCCAAUUCAGGUAAGGUUCUUCUCCUUUUUGUUCAGUUGCACCUUACAAAAGUUUGUGGAUACCUCUCCUUGCAUUUAGGUGCUUCUCCUAUAUAGAGGUACCUCAUUUUGUUUACAAUUAGGUCUUUGAAUUGUUUCACUUACUCCCAAAACAAAUAUGUAUUUGUUCACUAGCUAGUCCUUUUAUAUGGUAGACAGAAGUGCUUAGGAUGAGUCCUAGACUAGAGGUUUACACUUUGCAGCUCUUCCUAUAAUCUGUUAGGUGAAAUUUUCAAUGGGCUGAUUGUCAAACAAAAUCAACUGCAUUGUUAGUUUUGGAUUUUGAAGCCUUUACUAAAGUAUGAAGAAGAAGAAGUAUUUAAGUAUUUGACUUUCUUGUUGAAUAGUUUGUAUUUGUUAGUUUGUAUGUCAAAAAAGGUAAUGCUUGUCAAAGUAAAUAGCCAAAUCAAUUGAGUGUUGCCUUUUGGAUAAGUAUCCUACUAAUAAUAGUUGGUUUAUUGACCAUUGAGUAUUUUUGUUCCUUAACAAGUAAUGGUCUUGUUUUGUCAUAUUGUAUUAAAUCUUUAAAUAGGAAAAGGCUAUUAGUUCAUCAACAACACAUGGUUAUAAGUUACUUCUCAUAACAUGCUUUAUUCAACUAUAUAUUUGAUUUUUGUACCCUUUUUUGAUAUCAGCAAACUGACUUAAUUCUUUUUCAUGUACUGAAGGUCACUCUUCCUUCCCUCAUAGGACACUAGAGCCUUAGUAAUGCCUGUCCUGAAUGUAGAUUUACUUAAAGUUAUUUUCUUGGUUUGCUUAGGAAAUGCAUUUUUAGGGGUUCUUUGCAACUAAAACAUUUUCUUUUUC